GAGUGAUUUACAGCUAGUUAUGCAGGAUGCACCUGUGCUUUACUUGAUAUAUUUAUUUGGUGUUUCAUGCCAUGCUUCUGCAAUUAAGUUAAUUAUUUUCUAAUUGCGUCUUCGCAUUUUGCAAUUCUGCAAUGUUGCAAUAUUGCAAUUUAGCGCUUGAACACAUGUAGAUUCCGUUUAAUUAAAUAGUUGCAGAAAGGAAAUGAGUGAUGUCGAAUUACAAGAGGAAGAAAGAGAAGUAUUACUUUCUAUUUAUGAGGGUGAUCCAGCAUUUAAUCAGUUAACACCCACUACCUUUCAGUACAAGUAUGGAGAAGAUAAUGACACAAAGUCAUUUCUAUUGGAAAUUUCAUGGGGUCCGACAUAUCCGUCUGAAAAGCCAAACAUCAAUAUGAAUAUAUUUUACAAUAAACACAUUGUGCAAGAAGUAAAGGAUGAAGUAGUGAAACAAUUAGAAGCAGAAGCAGAUCAAUGGUUAGGUAGUGCCAUGACAUAUACAUUAUUCCAGUAUGUUCAAGAACAUUUUACCGAACUGUUAUCUAUGCAACUGGAUUCUAUUACUGAUAUAAAUUCACAAGCCAGUAAACUUAAAAUAUCGAAUGAGAAUCAACAGACGGAAGAAACUGUAAAAAGACCAAAGAAAGAACAAUUAAGCAAAGCUCAAAAACGUAGACAAUGGAAUAAAGCAGAUGGAAAAGGAGAAAGACCACGAGGAUGGGAUUGGGUGGACAUAGUGAAACAUUUAUCGCAAACUGGUCCAAAACAGGAACAAGAGUCGUCUUAGUUUACGUUUUCUAAGACUUUAUUGUACAGAUUUAAAAAAGGAAACCUGAUGUUGCGUUAAUGCAGCUCUGGUUGCUGCACCGGCUACGCCAACAAUAGAUUUCAUUGCUGUGGAAGCACACAGUACGACCAUUGAAUGAGUUAAGAAAUAAGGUAUUAAUAAUUCCAUGCCCAUUGCCACAUCAUUAAGAAUAUCCGCAAAAAAUCUCCAUUUUUUACAUUGUCUAUCUAGGUCAGACCUAAUAGAUAGAAAUACAAAUUGUAAACAUGAGAGAGAGAGAGAGGGAGAGAGAGAGAAGUUACAAUAUAGAGAUUGAUAAUAUUUAAGA